UAUCAUUAACCGCUAAAGUGAGCUGUCUUCUUGUCUGCGAUAUCAAAAUGGCCACAAUAGAUUUAUCAAACCCAACCGUUCAAACAUAUAUUCUGUAUUCAGCGAUAUUGGCGUUGAAAUUAUUGGCAAUGGGAACACUGACGUCUCUGUUGCGGAUAGGAAGAGGGUCUUUUGCGAAUCCCGAAGAUGCAAAAGCUUUCAAAGGGAAGGUGAAAUUAGAUGACCCAUUAGUGGAGCGAACACGUCGUGCUCAUCUCAACGACCUGGAGAAUAUUCCUGCCUUCUGGAUUUUGGGAGCAUUGUAUUUGACAACUGGACCGAGCGCGGCGUUGGCUACUCUUUUAUUUCGGGUUUAUGCAGUGUGCCGGGUCAUUCACACGCUGGUGUACGCUGUGAUCCCAUUACCUCAACCGGCUCGCGGAGUUGCAUACAUGAUACCGUAUGUGAUUAAAUGGUACAUGGGUGUCCAAAUUGUGCUGCAUUAUUUAUCGGCUCCCGCUGUGCGGUCUUACAUCGUAUAUUCCGGUAUUCUCGCUCUUAAAGUACUGGGCAUGGCAGUGUUGACGGGAAGAGUUCGGUACAGGAAAAAAGUAUUCGCGAACGUGGAGGACACAAAAUCGACCAAGGGAAUUGUUAAAUACGACGAUCCAGACGUCGAGAGAGUUCGACGCGCCCAUCUAAACGAUUUGGAGAACAUCCCUGCGUUUUGGUUGCUGGGUGCGUUAUAUCUGACGACUGGACCUUCCGCAGAGUUAGCUACACUUCUGUUCAGGGUUUUUACGGCUGGUCGUAUUAUACAUACCAUUGUUUACGCCAUUAAACCAUUACCGCAGCCGGCGCGCGCUAUCGCGUAUGGAAUUCCUUAUCUAAUUAACUGGUUCAUGGGAGUACGGAUUAUCUCUCAUUAUAUCAACGCACUAUAAACGGCAAGAUAGAAACGGUUUGGAGAUGGAAUUUCGUCGAUUACUUGAUGUUAAAAUGGUUAAGUGAAACGUCAUCACUACAGUUUGAAUGAUAAUUGAUAACAGGAUACUUAUGUAAAUAAUUAUGAACAAAAUAACAUCGUAGGUAUCUAUUGACGUAACUGUACCUAAUCAAUAGUAUGCGAUACGUGUUUCUAUCCUGAAAACCAUUUCGUAGUGUAUGCAAGAGAUUUAUACAUAAACUUUUUUAUUAUCUUUUAGGUAUGUAGGUAGGUAACUACUUCAUGUAAGAAAAUGUUUAUUAUCUUUAUAAGGAAUAAAAUACAAUCGAUUGAUGUUGU